CGAAAAGUGAGCUGUCAGAUAUUUCGAAACUUUAUCAACCAAUCCCGGAGCGCGCAUCCUCCUUCGGCCAAUGGGCAUCCGUCAUGAUGCCUGACGAUGAAAUACCACGUGACUGUGACGUGAUUUUAUUUUUCUACUGCCGCAAAUGCGGGGAGCGGUGGAGGCCUGGUCAUAUUCUCUUCGGACGCCUUUAUGGCUUCUUUCCAACGCACACUUUGUAACUUGCUCAUCGAGAUAUCUCACUUCAUAUCCCACCCGGUCUGCAGUUAUUCCGCUUCCUGUCAACGCAUUUUAUUCCGGUAGGCAUUUUAGACGGUUUAUCACUCGAGGAAGUGCGGAUUCAGCAUUCUGAAAGUGGCCCGUGCUAGUACAGUCUCUGUGAUAAACACUUGCGGACAAGAGGAAGACGUCGCCCCCGGCUGGAGAAGGAGGACAUCGCCCUCCAUGACCCUCACAUACGUUGGAUCCUCCGUCUUGCAUUGGGUCCUUCUUCCUGUUGGAGUGUUCUUCACGUUGCAUCCUCCGUCUCGCAUUGGACCCUUCUUCGCGUUGGAUGCUUUUUCACGCUGUCACAAGAUACAGAUGGAGGACUCGGAAUUCUCUCUCGUCACAAAUGCUACCCAGGGAGUCAUCACGGUCCUGCGAGUGACUGGACUUUGGGAGGUCCUGGGUGUUCAGCGACUGAGAGAGUCGCAAAGCUGCUCUGCUAAAUGCUGUAGGGCCGUUCUCUCUCUGGUCCGGUGGCUACUAGAGUGCGUCCAAUUGUAUAUGCUCUUUAUUGGUUUUCUUUUGCUCUCUGUGUGUCCCGGCUAUCCACCCGCUCCCGUUUCUCUUGUUUUCUGCGGCUUCUUCAACCUGUUUCUGCCCAUAGUUCCACUCGUUUGCUGCCGAGGACCGUGUUGCACUUGCAGGGCGUUUUGCAAUACCGUCGUCGCUUUCGUACUUCUGCUGUUAAAUAUUGCAGGUGCCUUUAUGGCGUUUAACAACGAUCCUAUGCGAGUGAACACAACGAACACCGACAGCCAUAACUUCUGCAGCCCUAUACCGUACUAUUCAGCGCCUGUCUGUACUGUCAUUUCGGUCAUCUUGGCAGUCUUCUUUUGUUAUGGGGCGUGCUGUGGCAAACACGAAGAAAGCAUGCCAACUGCACAGUAAUAAAGACGGGCGAUUCGAAGGCAGUGGCAGAAACAAACUAACCUAUAGGUGUUUAAAAAUACUCGGUAUUUAAAAUACCAAGGUUAUACAUUUGUAAUCGACAAAAUUUGAAAAUUGUCAGAUGGUGUAUUUUAGAAAGCCUGACGGUCACAAAAUAUGUGUACAUUCGCAGUAUCACCUCCACGUAAUAUAAGUAUAUGGAAUUCCUAAAAAGGACUGCGACAGUCGUAUCUUCUCCUCUGUCAUCAAUUAUCAACGCGUUGUUUAGUGAAGGGAUGUUCCCAGACGACUUGAAGGUUUCCAAAAUUGUUCCCGUUUAUAAAAAUCAAAAUUUAAAAAAAUUAUCGACUAUACUCCCGGAAAACUACAGAGCUAUUGCAAUUCUUCCUACAGUUAGUAAGGAGCUUGAACGAAUAUUAUUAAUCAGAUUAGAGGAUUUUUUUUUUUUAGAAACACAGUCUUUUAUUUGGUUAUCAGUUCGGAUUCCGGGAAAAUAGGUCAACAGAGCUACCAGUACUCUCAAUUUGUGAGCUACCUGCUUCUUAAACGUAAUAUUGAAACAAAACUGUUAACUAUGGGGUUAUUUGCGGAUUUGCGGAAGGUCUUUAAUGUUUUAAACACACUCAAUAUCAUGUACGAAACUUGAACGAUACGGUAUUAGAGGUAAAAACCCUCAACCUGCUCACUAAUUAUUUACAAAAUCUAAAACAGUUUGUGCAAGUUGCUGGGACCUCCUCUUAUCUAGGUAAUGUUUCCACAGGCGUUCUGCAAGGAUCAAUUCUUGGGGCUUUCUUAUUUUUAGUUUAUAUAAACGACUUGGUAGCGUUUCUUGAUGUGCCGACAAUUUUAUAUGCUGAUGACACUUCAUUAUUUCUUCAAAGCUGUAAUAUUGUGGAUUUGAAUGAAAGGGCGAACAAUGAAUUAAAAAAGCUGAGUGCUUGGCUUAAUAAAUUGGUAGUGAGCUCAUCUAAGUCAUCGUAUGUUAUAUUUUAGACCACCACAGGUUCCCACAAGUACAUAUACUAAGGAUGUGCUUCUUGGUUCUGACGUCAUUAACAGACGUUCAUCGGUUAAAAUAUUAGGAAUUCUACUCGAUGAGCACUUGCAGUGGCAUGAACAUAUUUCUUAUAUCUGUAAAGAAAAAAUCUAUUCUGGCACUAUGCAAUAGCCAAGUCGAAAUUUCUUUUCCCCUUGCAUACUCCUAGAACAAUCUGCAUGUCUUUCAUCCAAAGCCAUAUUUCUUACGGCACAGAAAGUUUCGCCUUAACAUACCAAUCCACAAUAAAACCGUUGCCUGUUGCGUAGAGGAGAGCACUACGUACGUACCAUGUUAUCACUGCGGAACCGCGAGAGCGUUACAUUUGCAAUUACGCUUAUGAGUAUUCUAUACAGUCCUAUUUCAGUGCAGGCUAUGUACAGUUGCAUAUAAGUUGACACAUAAACUAUGUAUCGUGCCAUUCAUAACCUUGAUCAGAGGUGCCAUGUAAAUUCAUGUAAAGGACCAUGUAAUUCAUUGUGCGCUAUGUUAACCGACGGUGAUUUGGCCCUUGUUCGAUAGCUAUCGCGAAAGCGGGGGUUCUCUUUUGCAUUUCGCCUUUGGGUGUGUGUGUGUGGGGGGGGGGGGGGGGGGGU